AUGGGUAAUAAAGCUGAUGAAAAGUUCACUUGGGAGAUAUCGAUCAAUAAUCUCUCCUAUUUGCAAUCUAAAAUCUGUUCCAAUAUAUUCGUGGUUGGUCGCUGCAAAUGGCGUCUUGUGGCCUAUCCCAAGGGGCAUAAUAAGCGUAUUGAGUAUUUGUCUCUUUUUCUGGAAGUCGCUGAUUAUAAAUCUUUGCCUUGUGGAUGGAGAAGACGCGCCAAAAUUCGCAUAAAUGUUGUAAAUCAUCUUUCCAAAGAGCGCUCCAAAAUGAAAGGUGGUACAGAAUCAGAUAUGUGGUUUAAUCAGCAGACUCCCGGCUGGGGUUUUGGUGCAAUGCUUCCCCUCAGAGAACUUUAUGCCAAAGAUGGUGGGUUUCUUACAGAUGGAAAAGUCGAGAUUGUUGCUGAGAUUAAUGUUCUUAAAGUUAUUGGAAAGUUCGAUGUAGAGGAAGCUGAGAAUUCAACCCAACCUCUGAAAAAGACGAAGUUGAAUGUGUCUAACGAUUCACUCAUCAGCAAGACAGAACUACUCAGUGUUGAUUUCAAUGGGUUUCAAAUUUUGCCAUCACAGGUGGAAUCUGUGAGACGUAUAUUUGAAAAACACCCAAACUUUGCAUCAGAGUUCCGUUCUAAGAAUCGGCAUCUGAAGUCAACAUACAUGAAUUUCCUCCUCGGACUCAUUGAGACACUGUGCCAGUCACCUCAAGAGCUCACUGAUGAUGAUCUGGAUAAAGCAUCUGUUGGAGUGUCGUACCUGGAAAAGGGAGGGCUUAAAGUGGAUUGGUUGGAGAAGAAGGUCGAGGAAGUAAAGGAAAAGAAAAAGAAAGUGGACACUGGUAGGUCUCGGGUGCAAGAAAUGGAUGACGAGUUGAAGAAACUGAUUAAGAAAUGCAUAGACAUCAAAGAUCUUAUGGAUAAGGAGAUACAAGACAUUACGGCUGCCAAUGUUUCUCUCUCGUUCGAUGAUGUUGUUUGA